ACUGCUGUGAUAAUAUGGCUUCAUCAGCACUUCUUGAAAAUGAAAUUGUUCGCCCUGUUUCUAACUUCUCUCCCAGUUUAUGGGGUGAUCAGUUCAUCAAUUACACUUCUGAUCUUCAGGUGAGAGAAGAAUAUUCCGAGAGGAUUCAAGUGUUGAAGAAUGAAGUUUGGACUAUGCUGAAAGCCAAUGAGACUAAAAUUUUCGACGGUCUGAAUCUGAUCGACACGAUCGAGCGCUUAGGCAUUUCGUACCACUUCGAAAACGAGAUUGAAGAAAAAUUGGAACAAUUUUUCAAUCUGAAUACAAAUUACGAGGACGAAACCUACGAUUUGUACACCGUUUCGCUUCAUUUCCGUGUUUUCAGACAGCACGGUCACCGUAUAUCUUCUGAUAUAUUUAGAAAAUUCAAGGAUGGUGAGGGGAAAUUCAAAGAGGUUAUCAAGAGUGAUGCAAAGGGUUUGUUGAGUUUGUACGAAGCAUCGUAUCUUCGAGUGCACGAAGAGGAUAUUCUCGAAGAUGCUCUUGCUUUCGCCACAAGCAACCUUAAGUCCAUUGCACCAAAUCUAAGCUCACCCUUAAGAGAACAUGUUUUCCAUGCCCUAGUUCAACCCUUGCAUUUCGGGAAUCCGAGAAUCGAAACGCGUAAUUUCAUCUCUUUUUACGAACAAGAUGAAAACAAAAACGAAACUCUUCUUAUUUUUGCCAAAUUGGACUAUAAUCUACUGCAGAUGCUUUACAAAGACGAGCUCCGUGAAGUCUCGAGGUGGUGGAAAGAGUUGGACCUUGUUUCGAAGCUUCCGUACGCAAGAGAUCGAGUGGUCGAGUGUUACUUUUGGGCAGUGGGAGUGUACCACGAGCCUCAAUACUCUCGCGCUCGAGUCAUGCUCACUAAAACCAUUAUCAUGACUUCCAUAAUCGACGACACUUACGAUGCUUAUGGUGUUAUCGAAGAACUCAAUAUUUUCACCGACGCCAUUGAAAAGUGGGAUAUUAGCCAAAUCGAUCGACUCCCCCAAUACAUUAAACCGUUCUAUUCGGCUCUUUUGGAUCUCUACGUGCAAUUUGAAAAAGAACUAGAGCAAGAAAGAAGAUCAUAUGCCAUAACCUAUGCCAAAGAAUCUCUUAAGGAAUUGGUGAGGAGCUACCAUGUAGAAGCAAAGUGGUUCAUUGAAGGAUAUUUGCCUCCAUUCAAUGAAUAUUUGGACAAUGCUUUGAUCACAUGCACUUAUUGUUACCACACAACCACCGCUUUGCUCGGAACAAAAUCCGCAAACGAGCCCGAUUUCGAAUGGCUUAGUCAGAAACCUAAGAUGCUUGUAGCAAGUCUCAAAAUUUGUCGUCUCAUUGAUGAUAUCGCUACUUAUGAGGUUGAGAAGGCAAGAGGACAAAUAGCUACCGGAAUUGAAUCCUACAUGAAGGAAUUUGGAGCAACUAAGGAAGAAGCAAUGGACAAAUUUUUCGAAAUAGCAACAAAUUCAUGGAAAGAUACGAACGAGGAGUGUUUAAAGCCGUCGUCUCACCCAAGGGAUGUUUUAAUGAGAAUCCUUAAUCUUGAAAGAAUAAUCGAUGUCACUUACAAGAACAACGAAGAUGGAUACACUCAACCCGAAAAGGUCCUUAAACCUCACAUCGUUGCCUUGUUCGUCGACCCCAUCAAGAUUUAA